AUGUGGUUUCUACACGACUGCGAGAACCGGUUUAAGUGCAAGACGGGUGAGUGCAUCGUCUACUCAUACCGAUGCAACAAUGUGACGGAUUGUCCAGGAGGUGAAGAUGAGGAAAAUUGUGACCAGUGUCCAGAAGGGGGGUUCUCGUGCAACACAGGGGAAUGCAUACCCGGAGGUUGGCAUUGCAAUUCGGAUAAAGACUGCCCAGGCGGUGAGGACGAAGAAGGUUGUUCGGAAGAUUUCUAUGCUAGCUGCCCGAGAGGAUACUUCCAGUGCAAGGAUGGGCUCUGUGUCAUGGACUGGUACCACUGUGAUGGUGUUGACGACUGCCUGUACGAGGAAAAUCAGUGUGAUGCAUGCCGACCUGGUGCCUUUAAGUGCUGGAGCCCCAUGUGUAUCGAAGACCAUCGGGUUUGUGACGGAGUGGCCAACUGUCCAGAGGGAGAGGAUGAAAUGAACUGCACUAAUAUCGAGAGGGAUAACAGGACCUGCCCUCCGGGAUAUAUGAGGUGUGAGGGCUCCUGCCACAGUGGUAGAGACAUAUGUAUGAUUCCUGUCGAGUGUGAUGUGGACACUAAUCUAUUAUGUGAUAGUCUUGUUAUAGCAGACGAAGCACACCAGGUUCGCCUUAGAUGCAGCGAGUUCUACCGUGAACUGGUGGCAUUGCUUGGUCACUCGAUAGAUGUUAAUAUAACCUUUGAUGAAGAAUACUGUCUCUCUUUGGACCAGCAUGAAUUUUGGAGUCCUCUGUGCCAGACUGGUGUUGUGUGCGAUCGCUUUGGUUGCUACGACAUGGAACUGAAUCGUUAUUCCGAGUCGUAUGCUUCACGUGGACCAACUAAGAUGUCCUUGUUGUGCAAAGGAACGACCCUGUUUUAUGAAGACGUUUCCCUCUACAGCGAGAGACUAAAAGGCGUCCUCACAACCAAGUCACUGAAGCUGCUACUGAAGCAACAGGAGGAAAAAUCGGACCUGAUCGACCUGCAGGAGAUGUUUCGGCCUUCGUACGACCACCAGCAGGAGUUCGCGGCCUCCCCUGAAGAACUCGUGUAUUCGUGCACGUUUGACAACCAGCCGUGUGAUCACAGCCAUUUCCACAACUGGACGAGUGACCGUUACGGCAGGUGCUACACUUUCAACGGAUUUAUGCACACAGAGAACACCAAGCCUCGAACAGUCGUACACGUCGGUCCAAAGAAAAAGAAAUAUGGACUAGCUAGGAAGAGCACUCUCUAA